AUGGGCGAUCACAUUGAGACGGCAACACAAUCAGCAAGGACAGAAGUUCCAAGCAAGACGGAUGGAACGGGCGGCGUUGCAACCGAGACGCCCUCGAAAGGCGGACUGGAUCAGCAGACACUCAUCGACCGAACCGUCGACUCCCUCCUCACACCGCCAAAGUCCAUCUACGAUGACUUCCCCAUAAAGCUCGUUGAACGAUACAUCGACGAACCCAGAGAACUGAGGGUGGCUGUCGUCGGCGCGGGGCUCUCUGGAGUCCUCGCUGGAAUUCUCCUCCCGGCAAAAGUGCCCGGUAUCAAGCUGUCGGUGUAUGAGAAGAACGCCGAUGUGGGCGGUACUUGGUUCGAAAAUAUCUACCCUGGCGUCCGCUGCGACGUACCGGCCCACGUCUACCAGUCUACCUUCGACCCGAACACGCAGUGGACGGAGGAGUUCGCCCAGGGCGCCGAGAUCCGCAACUACUGGCAGGGUCUGGCGCGCAAGUACGACGUCUACAAGUAUCUCCAGCUCUCGCAGCGCGUUGAAGGCCUAGACUGGGACGACUCGCGCUCCGUCUGGAAGAUCACCAUCCGCGACCUCAAGACGGACGCUAUCUGGGUCGAGGAGGCCGACUUCGUGCUCACGGCCAUCGGCCGAUUCAACGCCUGGAAGCUGCCGGACUACCCGGGCAUCAAGGACUUCAAGGGCACCCUCCGACACGCCUCGAACUGGGACCCCAGCUUCGACCCGCGCGACAAGAAGGUGGCCGUCAUCGGCAACGGCGCCAGCGGCAUCCAGCUGACGUCGAACCUGCACAAGGUCGUCUCGCACCUGGACCACUACGCGCGCAACAAGACGUGGAUCACGGCGUCCUUCGCCGGCGACGAGACAUCCAUCGAGCCGAUCCCCAUCCCCGAAGACCUGCGCGAGACGUUCCGCAAGGACCCGGAGGCGUACCUCCGGUACCGCAAGGAGAACGAGGCCAAGUACUUCCGGCACUUCACGGGCUGGCUCAAGGGGUCGGCCGAGAACGACGAGGCGCGCGACAAGUUCCGCAAGUUCAUGAACGACCGCCUCACCAAGAAGCCCGAUCUCAUCGACGCGCUCAUCCCGGACUUCUCACCGCACUGCCGCCGCCUGACGCCCGGGCCCGGGUACCUCGAGGCCAUCACGUCCGACAAGACGGACUACAUUCAGACGCGGAUCCGGCGCAUCACGGCGACGGGCAUCGAGACGGAGGACGGCCGGCACCGCGAGGUCGACGCCAUCUUCUGCGCGACGGGCGCCAACGUCGACAUGGCGCCGCCGUUCCCCAUCACCGCGAACGGCCGGAACCUCGCCGAGGUCUGGCGGCCGGACGGACCGUACACCUACUUCGGCUCCGCGACGCCCGGGUUCCCGAACCUGCUCUUCGUCCACGGGCCCAACGGCAGCGGGCGCUCCGGCACAGUGCCGCACAAUGUCGAGAACCAAAUCACCUACUUCGCGCGGAUCCUGCGCAAGGCGGCGCGCGAGGGCAUCCGCACCAUCCAGCCCACCCGCAAGGCGGCGGACGACUUCACCGAGUACUCGGACGCCUUCUUCGCGACGACGGUGCUGGCGGAGAACUGCAGCUCGUGGUACAACAGCGGCAGGGCCGGGUCGCGGAUCCACGGCCUGUGGCCCGGCUCGGCGACGCUGGCGACCAUCGUGCAGCGGGAGCCGCGGUGGGAGGACUUUGAGUACGAGUACGUCGGGGACUCGGGGAACCCGUUCCUGUGGUACUUUGGCAAGGGGUGCACGAAGCAGGAGCUGGAUCCCGAGGCCGACGUCACGCCGUAUCUGAAGGCCGGCGGUGCGGAUGUGAAGGACGUGCAUGAGAGCUGGUGGAGCGUUCCAUAG